AAACGAGAAACGCACCUAUAUAGACUCUGCCCAGUACUUUACUGUUUCAAACGCUACUACGUCUCUAAUGUCUGCCUCUCAUUUUCCUUCACUUUCCUUCUCCUUCCUUAACUCAAUUACAGUAUUAAACUGAAUUAACUAAAAGUUUAUUAACAAUCAUCCCGCCAUUUUCAAACAAAAUGGCUACAAUAGCUGUUUUUGCGUCUUCAUCGUCGAUGACAACGCCUACUUGCUUUCUGCGUGGGACGAAGGAGACCAAAACCGUGACAAAGAAGGGGAGAAGUCAAGAAGUGAAGGUUAUAGGAAAUUUCAGUCACUUUAGAGAUGCCGUAAGGAAGGAUUUUCAGUUCUUGAAGAAAGGGAUUGGCAGAGGAAUUGAUUGGGCAAACGAGGCAUUUCGAAUUCCUCAGGUUUUCAAAACCCUAGAUGAUGUUUUGUGGCUGAGGAAUCUGGAGGACCCGAAAGCUCCUCCUUUGGAGCCUGUUGCUUGGCCGCAGACUUCUUAUACAGGACUUACAGGAGUUGAUUUAGUCAUGGCUGACCUCAAAGCCUUAGAAGCAUAUGCUAGUUACUUCUAUUAUCUGUCUAAGAUUUGGUCCAAGCCGCUUCCAGAAGUCUAUGAUCCCCAAGAUGUUUCUCACUAUUUCAGUUGCAGGCCUCAUGUAGUGGCCCUUCGACUUCUUGAGGUAUUUUCAGCCUUUGCUUCUGCCACAAUCAGAAUUCGAACCUCCAGGAUCAGAAAGCUUUUAAGGCCAAGUUCAGAUAAGGAAUUAAAUGGGAACAUCUCACAGUAUGAUUUUGGGCUGGUUUUAAAAGAAACAAUGCUGAACUUGGGUCCCACUUUUAUCAAAGUUGGUCAAUCCCUUUCCACAAGACCAGAUAUAAUUGGUACUGAAAUUUCCAAGGCACUUUCCGAGUUGCAUGAUCAAAUUCCUCCUUUUCCUAGGACCGUAGCUAUGAAAAUCAUUGAGGAAGAAUUAGGUUCUCCUGUUGAAUCCUUUUUUAGCUGUAUCUCUGAGGAACCUGUAGCUGCAGCAUCAUUUGGUCAGGUGUACCGUGGAACUACUCCUGAUGGCUGUGAUGUUGCUGUGAAAGUUCAGCGUCCUAAUCUGCGUCACGUGGUAGUCCGAGAUAUCUAUAUUCUUCGCCUUGGGCUGGGAUUAUUGCAAAAAAUAGCAAAGAGAAAAAAUGACCUUCGCCUUUAUGCUGAUGAGCUUGGCAAAGGUUUAGUUGGGGAACUGGAUUACUCUCUAGAGGCUGCCAAUGCCUCCAAGUUUCUGGAUGCUCAUUCAUCCUUUCUGUUUAUGCGCAUUCCAAAAGUAUAUCAUCAUUUAAGUCGAAAGAGAGUUCUGACUAUGGAGUGGGUGAUUGGGGAAAGUCCAACUGAUUUACUUUCUCUAGCCGCUCAUAACACUGUUGAUCAUGGUGCUGCAUCUUCAGAAGGGCAGAAAAUUGAAGCAAGAAGGAAACUACUUGAUCUGGUUAGUAAAGGAGUGGAAGCAUCACUAGUUCAGCUUCUUGAAACAGGUCUAUUGCAUGCUGAUCCACAUCCAGGAAACUUGCGUUACACAUCAUCUGGACAAUUGGGGUUCCUGGAUUUCGGUUUACUUUGCCAAAUGGAAAAGAAGCAUCAGUUUGCUAUGCUUGCAUCCAUAGUGCACAUAGUAAAUGGGGAUUGGGCAUCUCUUGUCGGUUCUCUUAUCGAAAUGGAUGUUGUAAGGCCAGGGACUAGCAUUUGGCAGGUUACAAUGGAACUGGAAGAUUCCUUGGGAGAGGUGCAAUUUAGAGAUGGAAUUCCCGAUGUCAAGUUCAGUAGGGUUCUCAGCAAAAUAUGGUCUGUAGCUCUCAAGUAUCAUUUUCGCAUGCCACCAUACUACACACUUGUUCUACGCUCUCUUGCUUCCCUGGAAGGUUUGGCAGUGGCUGCAGAUCCAAACUUCAAGACAUUUGAAGCUGCAUACCCAUUUGUUGUUAAAAAACUGCUCACUGAAAAUUCGGCUGAGACAAGGAAAAUUUUGCAUUCGGUGGUUUUAAACAAAAGGAAAGAAUUCCGGUGGGACAGGCUUGCUCUUCUCCUAAAAGUAGGAUCAACUAGGAAUGUCUUGAAUGGAACAAUAAUAGCACCAAAGAAUGAGAUUUUCCCUGGUUAUCAAGCAAAUAGGCCAUCCAGUGGUGUUUUUGAUGUUGCACAAUUAGUUUUGAUGCUUUUACCAUCCAGAGAUGGUAUCGUUCUCAGGAAGCUUUUAAUGACUGCAGAUGGAGUUUCAUUAGUCCAAGCAAUGGUUUCAAAGGAGGCAGUUAUCUUUAGACAGCAACUUUGCAGGGUCAUUGCUGACUUACUAUAUCAAUGGACAGUACAAACUCUUGGACUUGGAACAAAGGCUACUCUGUAUGCUUCCCAAGUAAGAUUGACUAAUGAGUCUGACAAGAGAGACUUAUUUCCAUCUUCCAGAUUGUCCAUGCCCAUCUAUGAUUAUCAGUCCAUCAUCAAAGAUCGACGACUCAAAAUAAUCUUCUUCAGGAUACUAGAUUCUGCAAGGAAAGAUCCGGUGUUGAUUCUAAAAUUCUGCUGGACUUCUAUUGUUAUGAUUGUUACAGCUUCAGCACUGGCUUGUCAUCGAGUUUUGGUCUCUUUGUCUGAAGUCUACAUCAGUCCUUUAUCAUUUGCUCGAAAGAGAGUGGCAAUCAGUGCAUGAAUUCCAUAUUUGGACUCUAAUGAAUCUGUUCUAAAGAAGAUUGAAUGCAGAAACCUCCUUGACAUCAAUAAUAGUCUAUAACAGAGACAAUUAAAGAUCCCAGUACGGGCACUAAGAUAGAAAUUUCGGUUUUUGUGGCUUGAGGAUGUGGUUGCAUAAGGAGUGGAUUUCAUCUACCGUAUCUUUACUCCUGCCCCUCAACGUGAGUUUCAAGUGUUUUGCACGCAGAUAAUUCUUUAUGAAGGAGGAAGUCUUUAACAGAUAAGAUGAAGAUACAUAGAUAAUAUAUAACUGUAUAAAAUGAUACCUAUUUUUGCUCAAAAUAGCUAAUGCCUUUUGACUUCUGUAGUUAUGAUAUAAUACGAGAGGCAAAGAGAUCAUGAAUUGUAUUAGAGGGCCAUUUGUAAAUUCACUUGUAAAUGCCUCUUAACAUUCAUAUAAUUGCUUUGACUACUUGAAUAAUUGGCAUUUGAAAAUUAGGAAGAGAAAGUGCCAAGUUGAACUACUUUAGAAGAGUCAAGUCAAUUAAACUUCUCAUUGGAUCUUUUGUUUAAAUGAAUGAAUGUUAUUAGGUAAGUUUCUGCUUCGUUAGCA